UCUGACGGAGGUUGGUAAUACGUCGUCGAACUCUUUGAUAAUAUUUUCCGUUGCAAAAUGUAGGGCGAAAUAUUUCUGUUUUUUAACCAUAUAUAAUCAUUAUGGAUUCCUUGAUUGAUCCUUUUAGAGCCCUGCUUCUUAGUAUCGCCAAUGAUUGUACUGAUGAGGACUUUACCAACAUGAAAUUUCUGUGUUCUGGAUGUCUUCCUGAAGGAAGGUUGGAAGACAUUUCUUCGCCUAGGGAACUUUUUAUAGAACUUAUUCACGACUGUAUCAUCAGUAAAGACGAGAAACAGCCUUUAGCUUCUCUACUUUUUAACAUCGGAAGACAAGACUUGAGGAAUCGACUGCUUGGGAAAGAAUCUCCUACUUUGGCUGGUGCAUUUCAGCACUGGGGUGGCUUGCCGAUGAAAAUUCCCAAUUUUGUUGAUCGAAAAGAUGAAUGCCAGGAAGUAUUAUCCAAGCUGAGGAGAGGGACAUGCAAAGUCGUAAUGAUCAUUGGUCCGCCAGGGUUCGGCAAAUCAAGCGUUGCUAUUCAGGUUGGCCAUGAUUUAUGUCUUCAUGGAAUAUCAGUGUACUACAUAUCACUGAGAAGCUGCACCUCCAUGUUCUGUAUGGUCAACUAUUUACUUGGUGCUUUGAGGAUUGUCGCAAGUGAGAAACCAAUCAAGCAAGCUAUGCAUUGUCUAUGUAACUUGACAACAGACACAGUCAUUAUCCUGGACAAUGCUGAAGACAUGUUGCUGCCUCCCAUUAAGGAUGAAUUCUGUGGAUACAUUGAGAAUGUGGCACAAACUGCUCAGUUUGUGCGUAUUUUGGUUACCAGUCGAAUGUCAAUGACAUUUUUGAAUGUGGAUUCGCAUGUAUUACGACUUGAUGCUUUAGAAAGAAAAGAUGCUCAAAAAUUACUGAAAACAUUUCGUUCUAAUAUCUCUGAUGAUGAUUCUGAGGUACUUGCUGAUUUAUGUGGUGGUGUACCCCUUGUGCUUCGUACAACUGCAUCCCUUCUUGCAAAUGAAGGAACAGUUCAUCCUAAGGCUCUGAUAUCUGAGUUCCAGAGAAGCCCUGUUUCUACUUUGAAGUCAUUUGACUUAUUGACACUAUCACAUGACCAUCAGAUUUUCUACUGCCUUAAUAUUUGUUUUGAACGACUCUCUCAUGAGCUUCAGUUGGCCUUAAUUUCACUUUGUGUGUUCCCAACUUCAUUUACAUUGCAUGAUGCACAGUUCAUUUUGAAAGAACACUCAGAGUUUUACUUAGAACUUCAUCUUCAAGAACUGAUUAAUAAUUCACUGCUGCAAUUUGAUCCUGUAAUGAAAGAAUACACCAUGCAUGGAGUGAUUCAGGCGUUUUGUAAAGAUAAAACAACCACUAAAGCUAGUAAGUACCAAUGGAAGUAUGAAUUUGCUAAGAAGGAAUUUAAUUGUCAUUACCUGGAGCUAUUGCCUCAGCUACAAGAACAGUUCAUUUCCAAGAAGGCACUAGCAGCUGUAGAGAAUUUCCUUGCAAAGAGGCGUCAUAUUAGACAGGCCAUGCUGGAUGCUGUAAAUGAUCCUGAACUGGAAAAAACCUGCAUCGAUACUGCUAAUGCUGUUGCACCUUUCCUGACAAAGGUCCUGAGGAAAGAGAAGUUCUUAACAAUCUUUCAAGUGUACACAAAGAUAUGUAAGGACAAAGAGGAUGAAAAAAGAUACAGUGAUUGUUUGACAUCAGAAGCCUAUUGCAUUUUGUCACAUUGUGCCUGUCAUCUGCCUUGUCCAACUGCUGUGUCCAGGUUCAAAGAAGCAGAUGCCAUUCAAACCAAACUUGAAGAUGAGAGUUCUACAAUCCGUUCUCAUUGCCUGAUAAAACUUGGCCGCUGCGUUGCUCAUUAUGGUGAUCUGGACAAAGGUAUUACACUGAUUAAGAGAGGCAUAGGAAUACGGGAGAAGAUGAAUGAUCCAGUACAGCUCGCCGUCGCAUACAAAGAUUUGGCAGCUUCCUACUCAUUUCAUAAGCAGCAUCAUACAGCAAACAGGUUGCGAGUAGAGAAAGUGUUACCUGUCUACAAACAGCACCUUGGUGACCACGCAUACACGGCCACCUUGAUGGAUGACAUGGGAAUGUCUUGUAUGGCUCUCUCCAACUACGAUUGUGCUAAUACAUACAUUAAGGAGGCUGUUCGCAUGCGUGUGAAGGCUCUUGGUGAUCAUCAGGAAACUGCUCGCUCGUACCAUGAUUACGGUACUGUCCUCAAGGCUCAGGGUAGAUAUGAUGAAGCUCUGGUGGCCAUCCGAGAGGCUCUGCGGAUCCAGGAAAAUAUACUAGGUGCCCAUCAUGAAACGAUAAGAUCUCACCAGGAAAUUGCAAAUGUACUCAAACUACUGGGCCGAAAUGAGGAAGCAUGCAAUGAAACUAAACUAGCAGAAUCCAAGAAAAAAGAUUUACAAGAUGAAGAAUGAUGCAACAUUGUAAGUUUUUAGGCCAGCGAGAAAAAAUAAUUUAGAAAAUGAAAGGAAAUGAUAUGACGUUGAAUCUCCUCAGGUUAACAAUGGAACUAAGUGUGAAAAAAGUCGAUAUUGAAUGAGAAAAAAUGAUAAAACAUUUUGAAUACAAGAAGCUGAUAUCAGCUGGUAAGCUAAUAUUGAGUGUGAAAAUAGUAUAAUUAUUUGGUAUUUACAAAAAUAAUAAUAUGACUGAAGUAAAUAAGGAGUUAAUCCUUAAAAAAAAUUAAGAAAGACUUGCUUGAAUAUUUACUAGCCUUAUAUAUGUUUAGAAAUAGAAUUAAAAUGAACUUUAGACAUGCAGGAUACCUUUCAAAUUAGCAAAAUACUAUUUGUUAUAUCUUUAUUUGCAUUUUUUUGUUUUAGAGUGUUUUUUUUUUCAAAACUAGUUUAUUUAUUUGGCCGUUUAUUUUAGUUUUAUUUGCUUUGUGCUUUGUUUGCGCUUUGUUUAAAGAUGUCUAAAAAUCUAAAUAAAUCAUUAUUUUGAAAGAAUUUGAUUCUUUCGAAAGAAAGUGUUGAGUCAAGCAAUUUCUUAGUUACAGGAGCAAGAUGUUGCGCAAUAGGCAGGGUCCGACGUCUUUCUUCAGCGAUGACGACCUGUUCUCGUGGAUUAAAGUACCUGUUUUACUCGGUCAGUGAGAGCUUAGAGGAAACCGCUGUUGCAAUACUUAUACGUGCCCCCACUGCUUUACCAGUAUGAGGGGGAUACAGUUUGUUUUGAUCCUAUUCACCAUAAGGAAAAGAGGGGACUUUGAAGUUUAAAGUUAAAAUCUUUUUUACAAACCCAACCGGGUUUACAAGCGUCGUCGCCGUCCUGUCCAAUGUUUAUGUUACUCACAAAUCAAGGCACAGCAGGUCUUCUCUCAUCGUGCUGCACAGACGAGAAUUAACAUUCAAGUUUAACAAAACAGACGGUCGGCAUCUUUUCAAACUAAAACUAGCUUAAUAUCUGGUUAAUAUGAUAAAUGAACAAAGAAUAACUAGAUAGCAUAAACAGUAUUGGUAUCAGAGUACAACACCGCGGGGUGUAAGCAUGUCAAUGGACGUUUGGAAUUAUGAGAAUUAGAGAUGAACAAACAUAAAGGACUCACAGCAGGGAGUAAGUCUUUGUUGGUGUGUCUUAAUGAUAAUUUACUUCCUUAACUUGGACUAAAAGAUGUCAUGGAUAAACUAUGGGCGUAUUUUA